AUGAGUUCCAUUUUGACCCUAGUAUGGGUAUAUGCUAUUCUUCGCAGCAUUCCAAACAAGUUGGCGGGAGUCGCGGCCAUUGGGCUUGUGUUUGUAUCCCUGGCACUUUUGCCUUACCUACAUAAACCAACCAGUCGUAGCCCUCUUUUCCGUCCAGUACACAAAGCAUUGGCUUGGGCUCUGAUUGGGGAUUUCCUUCUUUUGACCUAUUUGGGUCAUCAGCCAGUGGAACCCCCUUUUGUGGCAUUAGGUCAACUAGCCACGGCAUUAUUCUUUGGACUCCUUUUAGCUUUCUGUUUCGCCGCUUGGCUAGAUCAGUGGUUAGCUGGAAUCUUCGAGCCGUCCAUCAAAGAUGAUCUUGGAGCUGAAGGUCCAAAAACUGUCGGGGCAUAA